GAUAUCAUUCUUCUGAUUCAUUAUCCCCACACUCUCUUUCCUAAAUAAAUAAAUAAAUAAUAUAUAGACAUACCUCCCUUUAUAAAGCACUGAUUUUGUUGCUGUCUUUCCAGACUUUAAAAAUUCCAUAUUCUUUACUUUUCCUUCAAAUCUCUCCAAAUCUCCCUCCUCCACCUACACUUCAACCACCUUCACCUCCGCCACCCGCCACCGCUUCCAGUUUCGAAAAAGAGAAAAAAGAUGGAGAAGUACGAGCUGGUAAAAGACAUAGGAUCUGGGAACUUUGGUGUAGCCAGGCUGAUGCGUAACAAGGAAACCAAAGAACUCGUCGCCAUGAAGUAUAUCGACCGUGGGCAUAAGAUUGAUGAGAAUGUGGCAAGAGAGAUAAUAAACCAUAGAUCGCUCCGUCAUCCUAACAUAAUUCGGUUCAAAGAGGUUGUUUUGACUCCUACACAUCUUGCAAUUGUGAUGGAGUAUGCAGCUGGUGGUGAACUCUUUGAGCGAAUUUGCAACGCUGGCAGGUUUAGUGAAGAUGAGGCCAGAUAUUUUUUCCAACAGCUGAUCUCAGGAGUUAGCUAUUGUCAUUCCAUGCAAAUAUGCCACCGAGAUUUGAAGUUAGAGAAUACCUUGUUGGAUGGGAGCCCUGCUCCUCGUCUGAAAAUCUGUGAUUUUGGUUACUCAAAGUCAUCUCUGCUGCAUUCAAGACCCAAGUCAACGGUUGGUACUCCAGCUUAUAUUGCACCAGAAGUUCUUUCUCGGAGAGAAUAUGAUGGCAAGAUGGCAGAUGUAUGGUCAUGUGGAGUGACUCUUUAUGUUAUGUUGGUUGGUGCUUACCCAUUUGAGGAUCAAGAGGAUCCAAAGAAUUUUAGGAAAACUAUUAGUAGAAUAAUGUCAGUUCAAUACAAAAUCCCAGACUAUGUACACAUAUCUCAAGAUUGCAAGCAUCUCCUUUCUCACAUAUUUGUUGCUAGCCCCUCCAGGAGAAUCAGUAUCAAAGAUAUCAAGAGCCAUCCAUGGUUUUUGAAGAACUUGCCCAGGGAGCUGACAGAAGCAGCUCAAGCUAUCUAUUACAGGAAAGACAACCCAACUUUCUCCCUUCAAAGUGUCGAGGAAAUCAUGAAAAUAGUUGAAGAGGCUAAAGUAGCUCCUCGAGUAUCACGGUCUAUUGGAGGCUUUGGCUGGGGUGGAGAAGAAGAUGAGGAUGCAAGGGAAGAAGAUGCAGAGCAAGAGGAAGAGGAAGAAGAAGACGAAGACGAGUACGAGAAGACAGUCAAGGAAGUACAUGCUAGUGGAGAAGUUCAUGUCUCUUGAACGUUAUAAGUAUAUGCUUUUCAAUCCAUGUUACGCGUUUAGUCGCGUGUUUAUAUGAUGUUGGUUUCUACCUAAGACCUGGUGUUGAAUAAACAAUUUGUAAAUUAGUGUCUUGGGCAAGAACUUUGUGGAGUCUUAGCGUAUGAUUGUUUAGGGUGUGCUACUGAUGUUGGAAGUUGGAGCUACUGGAUUUUGAAGCCUACCCAAAUUGGAUCAGCUUUACAAUUGUGGGUUAUAAACGGUCUAUACUUUUAGAGUAUAAUGGAAGAUAUGCGAGUCUUGUAAGUUGAUUUCUUUCCAUAAAAUCUUAUGCCAGAAAGGAUUGACUCAUUGAAAUGUUAAAAACCAGCAUUUAUAUAUUAUACUUGUUCCUGUUUUC